AUUCCCCCAUCAACAAUAACAUAGUAACAAAUUUUACAACGCACUGUUUUAAGGAACUCAUACAUGUUGAAGUCGUCGCAUUGACAGCAUCAGACAAUGAUCGGCUGCAACCAUCAUCAACUCAUCACAUGGACUUGGCCAAUGUUUAUUGGCAAAACAUUCCCCGCCGUCCCAUUCGCAAACGCAUUCCCGAUUUCCAUGAUGUCGAUGCUGAUGAUUCGGAUGACCCAUUAAAGUGGUGCCAGCCAUUGUCUUACCAUUCGAAAGGAUUCAUGUUUAAGAUUCCGUUCAGCGAUUUGUACAAAUGUGGAUUUACACGAGUUGUAAACAAAUUGUCGGGCCACAUUUUAUUUCAUCAAAACCUCAUCGCCGAAAGCAAUAGCGAAGUUCUAAAACAUCCUAUUAAAUGCUUGUACAAAAGCUCACAAAUUCGAAAAGGACACACCAUUGUUAAGAGAGAUAUUCUGCCCGAAGAUUUUAAAGAAGAUGAUGACCUUGAAAUUAUAGACACUGUACAGCAAACUGCUCCCGUGCCUCAGCUUUCCAUGGAGGUACGGCAAAAUGGUCAAUUAAUUGAUCGUAUGGUUAAUGUUAUACCCGGCACCCCACUGAUAAUGGAAAUCAAACUGAACAAUGAAUCAUCUCAAGUGUAUGGUAUACAUGUACAAUACUUGGAGGUUUCCGAUGGAAAUUCAACGUCGGAGACUAUUCUCUUCCGAGGUUGCACAGUGGACCCAUAUCUGUUUGAAAAUUUCAUAAUGACUCCGGAAAAUUCUUUGCAAGCGAAAUUUCGUGCCUUUAAAUUUCCCAGCACUCCAUAUGUUCAAUUUCGUGCCAAUGUUCGAAUCUGUUUGAGAAAAUGUCUCAUACCUCACUGUCUAAACGGUCAAGGACGUUCCCGGAGAGAAUUGCAUAAUUCCGAUGAACAUCUCUAUGAAAUAUCAUUGGGUGUAAUAAUGAAAAUUGAUGACAAAUUUAAUGGAAAUAAGGGUUUCAGUUGA